GCAUGACAGCUGUAGUACGUGAGACCAACAUCAUGAGAUGGCAGCAGCGCCUCUUGAAGAGUCGAAGAACCUAAUUAAUUAAACCUAUUCCACGAAUGAUCUGAAAUCCCCCACCUUCUAGUUUCCUGUCUGGCCAGAUCCUAAAUCCAAAACCUUCUAUUUUCCAUGGCUCCAAAUUAAUUCAUCUUUCCCUCAAUCUCCCGGCCCGGCUGGCCUGGUUGUCCUCUGCUCUCCACGGCCAUACCACCACCAACCAUUACGCCGGGGGUGUGAGAAAGAUCAGCCACGUACAUGAUCAUCAUGAGCCACUUUUCCUCAGCCCUUCAAUACUGGCUCGUUAAACACCCAAUCAUCUUCCACUUCUCAUGGACCCAGGGUCAAACCCUUGGCUCCUCUCCUCUCUUCCUCACUCUCACCGUCCUCUCUUACCUCUUCCUCACCUUCCUUCUAUCCCGCCUCCCUCUCCCACCCAUCAGGCCGAGCCUCUUCAAAUCAAUCACUGCAGUCCAUAACCUCGUCCUCCUGGUCUUCUCCCUCAUCAUGGCCCUUGGUUGCAGCGUCUCCACCCUCUCCUACGCACCUCACUUGCUCUGGGUCAUUUGCCUACCCCCUAAAACCCCACCGAACGGGCCCAUUUUUUUCUGGGCGUACAUGUUCUACCUCUCCAAGAUAUUAGAAUUCAUAGACACCCUUUUGAUCAUCGUGAGCAACUCGACCAGGAGACUCACUUUUCUCCACGUUUACCACCACGCAGCUGUCGUGAUCAUGUGCUACAUAUGGCUACAAACGUCGCAGUCCAUGUUUCCGCUGGUGCUCGUGACCAACGCGUCGGUGCAUGUGCUGAUGUACGCCUACUACUUGUGUUGUGUACUCGGGGUGCGCCCCAGAUGGAAGCGGCUGCUCACGGAGUGUCAAAUUGCGCAGUUUUUGUCUAGCUUUGUGGUUCUGGGUAUGAUGCUGUAUUACCAUUUCACAGGGUCAGGCUGCAGCGGAGUCUGGGGCUGGUGCUUCAAUACUGUCUUCUACUCUUCGCUUUUGGCUCUCUUCCUAGACUUCCAUGCAAAGAAUUAUGCCAACUCGAAGAACGAAUAAAACGCACUUGUGGUCGUAAUUAAUAGCAUCAUGAAGAUCAUGGUCUUAUAAAAUUCUCUUGGGUACGUAUAAUAUUUUAUAGAGUAAUGCUACGUACAGUUAUUUUUACGCACUCUCUGCACACUCCACUGAUAUGAUUGGCUGGAUUAAUUUUUUUUAAUACAUAACCAAUCAUAUCACUGGAGUGUACAAAAGAGUUCGCAAAAAUGACUGCACAUAAAAUUUUCCUAUUCUAUAUCAUUCAUAUAUAGAAGAUAGCGACGGCCAAGAUUGAUUAAUUAUUAAUUUAUGUAAGACUAGUUUGAGAGCAUAUAAUAUUCAUAAACCUACCUACGUAAUUGCAGUCA